AUGGGAUACUCUGAGAAAGCACAAGUAGAGGGAGGAAUUGAGUCAGAAAAUAAUAAAAAAUGGGUUAUAGCUGGAAUUUCUUUACGAUCUCCAUUGAAGCCAAUUUUAACAAUUCCUAUAGAAAAACAACAACAAGAACAAGAACAGAAACAACAACAAGAAGAAGAUGGAAUUGUUACAGAGGAAGAAUGUUCAACACCGACAAGCGAGGAAUCGAAAAUUCCAACGUUGUUCACGUGUCCACCUGCUCCUAGAAAGCAAAAAUCUUCUUUGAAGUGGAACAGAAACUAUCAUGGCAGUGGUAGUGUUGUAAGAGAGUUUUUUACAGCGCCAGAUUUAGAAACCGUCUUUGUAAGACACGUUGAAACUGCGUAA